AUGGAGGGAUAUCAUUCGGGUUUUGUCAAUCCAUCAGAUUCGCGAUCAGAACAAGAGGAAACAAAUUCCAAUGGGCAGGUUGUUUCGCCUGAAGAAAACACAGCCGAGAAAUGUUCUAUUUGCCUUGGAUCUCCCACAAAUGAUGAAACAAGUUUGGAUGGUUGUGUUCACAAAUGCAUCGUGGAAUGGAUCAAACUACGACCAAUUUGUCCAAUGUGCAAACGUAUAGUUAGGAAAAUCAUUCACGUGAAAAGGGAUAGUGACGAUCAAGAAAUUACAGAAGAAGUAACUAUAGAAACAGUCAGACAAUGGGCACUCAGAGAUAGAAUCGAAAUUAAUUCUGCACAGCCGCUGAUUCGAGAGCGUACUCAAUUAGUGCGCAGGAUCCGCCAUCUUCUAAGAAUUGUUCGCUUGCAUGAUAAUGUGUUUUCAGAAAGAGGAAGACGUGAAAUGUCGGGAACUAUCCAUCGUCGAAAUGAAUAUCUGCAGCUUAUUGGUCGCUAUCAGAUACUAUUAGAUAAUUGGGAGCGACCGAGGGUACAAAUUGUAUCGGAUCCAGCAUUUCGUAUGUUGGUUUAUGAUCUUCGGCUACGGCGCACGGCACUUGUAACUCUGGGAAAUCAAAGAAUGCCUCGUACUAGUAUUUCACCUCAGUUUUUUCGGGAUCACGAACGAUAUCAGCGCAGUCGUAUUUCUGAAUUUGUUCGGCGUGAGAUUAGUGCAGUUGUACCGGUCAGUAGAGAUGCAUUCAUCUAUAUA